UAGUUUCAUUUCUCCCUUCUGCUUUCAGCAAUGGCGUCUGCUGAUCUGAGGAAGGAGCUGGAAUGUUCCGUCUGUCUGAACAUUUAUACAGAUCCUGUGACCCUGAAAUGUGGACACAACUUCUGCCGGGACUGUAUUGGUCGUGUGUGGGAUACACAGGAGGGGUCUGGAGGUUAUUCCUGUCCUGAAUGUAGAGAAGAGUUCCAGGAUCGGCCUGCACUGCACAGGAACAUAACACUACGUAACAUAGUGGAGAAUUUCCUGUCCACCCAUCCAGAUCAGGAGGAGUCCGGGGUCUUCUGUACUUACUGUAUUCACACUCCUGUACCUGCUGUCAUAUCCUGUCUGCAUUGUGAAGCUUCUCUGUGUGACAAUCACCUGAGAGUCCACAGCAAGUCACCAGAACACGUCUUAUGUGACCCCACCACCACUUCCCUGGAGAACAGGAAAUGCUCCGUCCAUAAGAAGAUCCUGGAGUAUUACUGCACUGAGGACUCCUCCUGUAUCUGUGUGUCUUGUUGUCUGAUUGGAGAUCACAUCAACCAUAAGAAGCAAUCAUUGGACGAGGCGUCUGAGAUGAAGAAGAAGAAACUGAGGAAUGUUCUGCAGAAACUGAUGACAGAGAGAGAGGAGAUGGAGAAAAGAGUCCAGAGUCUGGAGGAGCACAGGAGGAAAGUACAAGGAAAAGCAGAUGAUGAAACAGAGAGAGUCACUGUCCUGUUCAGAGACCUCAGGAGACGUCUGGAAGACCUGGAGAAGAGAGUCCGGAGGGACAUCUCCGGGCAGGCAGAGCGGAUCUCCGUGUUAAUCAAUGAUCUGCUCCAGGAUCUGGAAAUAAAGAAGGAGGAGCUGUCCAGGAAGAUGGGGGACAUUGAGGAGCUGUGUAACAUGACGGAUCCACUGACUGUCCUCCAGGAAUCAGACACAGGUGACUUGUGUGAUACUGAGGAUGAUGAGGAGGACAGAGAGAGACGUGAUAAUCUCCUCCAUGAUGGAGGGGAUCUGGAUGUGGCGGGGAUCUCACACACAUUACACACAGGUUUAUCUGAUAUCAUGUCUGGGGUAAAUGUAGAGAAAUGUACAGGCACACAUGUCUAUCCACACUCUACUACAGGGGGCAAAGGUCACACCAAUGCUGAACCAUCCAGACCACACCCCCAACCCUACACCACCAUACAACCAUCCGGGCCACACCCCCAACCCUCCUCCACCAUACAACCAUUCAGACCAGACCCCCAACCCUCCCCCACCAUACAACACUCACACCUCCAGGCUGGAGGACCAAAUAUUGGGGGUGUACAGCAAACAUCGGGGGUGUCGGGGGUUACAGACAUAUUACUGGAUGUGAGGACAGCUGGUAAUCUUCUUCAUAUAUCAGAUGACAGGAAAACUGCAUCCUUAUCAUUAUCAUAUCAGAAUCACCCAGAAACACCAGAGAGAUUUCGUUGUUCUCAGGUGAUGAGCAGUCAGAGGUUCUCCUCAGGGAGACAUUACUGGGAAGUGGAUGUCGGGGGGUCAUGGAACUGGAGAGUCGGGAUGUGUUACCCCAGUAUAGACAGGACAGGAGGUCAGUCAGGGAUUGGAGAUAAUAAGAAGUCCUGGGGAUUGGAGAGGGGGGCGUGGUGGGGUAAUCUGUGCUCAGUGAUACAUGACAGUAAUACGAUCCGAUUCCCCGGCUGUGUCUCCAGUAAGAGAGUCAGGAUAGAUCUGGAUUAUGAGGCCGGGCGGAUCUCCUUUUAUGAUCUGUGUGACCCGAUCCGACAUCUCCACACCUUCACCACCACCUUCACUGAGCCCCUUCAUGCUGGGGUAUAUAUAGGGGGAUGGGAAGGUUGUAUAAAGAUAUGUGGGGGGAAUCAGAAGUGAGAGAUCUGCCCGGAGACAUCACAAGGGGGAUUAUCUGAUUGGUGAUUGGUGCAAUACUCAUCCAAUAGGAGGAAGCAGAGGGCAGGAAACAUGACUGAUUUAUUUAUAAAGCUGCAGGUUCCGGGGCCGUCAUCUUCAUCCUAAACCUCACUUCACUACCUAGUGUGUCACUGACCAGGAACAAGCAUGCAGGAGGUCAGAUUGUUCAUCCUUCACUGGCUGCAUGCUUGUUCUGGGUCAGUGACACACUACAUAGUGUAGCCAGGAUCAGGAGGACGGCCCUGGGGUCUCCACCAUCACUGUGUAUCUAUAGAAGAAAGAGUGUUUAAGCUUUGGAUGGAGUGGGGGAGGGUUAGAACCUCUGUCAGAUUUAUUUCCUGCUAUCUGGGGCUCCUUUAUAGAGAUUCCCCCUCACUUCCUGUCCUGAUGACAACAUUUCACCAGACAGGAAGUGAGGGGAACUCUCCAACAGCAACACAG